AAUACCAGUUGUGAUGCACUGGCUGGAAUGAGAAAUAGCCCAAUAGGUCCACCGACACGGAUCGUUCAUAGGCUAUAUAAUAAACUGGUUUUAUUGAAAUUGUCAAUGAUUUGCAUCGUAUUUUGUUUUUUAGACGACAGAUUGAGCAAUAUCAGUAUCGAAGUGUUUUGGAACGACCGACUUAAGUUCGAAAAUGAGGACUCACUUUUGUGCGGCACGUAUCCUGGAAUAGUUGGUGUCAAUGCCACCAUCAAAUGUCCGACCGGUGUCCGGGGACGUUUUGUCAAGAUAACUCUCUACAACUCAGACGAGCCUCUCACCCUGUGUGAGAUACAAGUGUACGGAGUUGCAGCAUCUAAACCAGGUGCUGCAUUUGAACCUCUGUCAGACAUCAGCUGGACAUCAUCCUACCCACUUGACAGGUCCUCCAUGCACCAGUGUGGCGGCACGUGCUUCAGAACCGACACGUGUUUUGCUUUCGACUACAACGUUCAGUCUCACGAGUGUCAGCUGGUGGACACCAACACAUACACCCCUAAAGGAGAACCGUGGGUGUAUUAUGGCAUCUCGAGGCUGAUCGACACGCCUGGCUGCCAUUAGGUUACCCUCUCUGUGUUAUUUCUAAUGAUCGCUGAGAAAACUGUGUGCAAAACGUUUUUUUUUGUCUACACCGCUCUGUAGAAACCACAAGUCUCUUUGUCGAGCCUUACCGCCUAUGCGGAAUAUACUAACCUUUCGCGAACACCAGUGAUUUUUGAGGGCAUGCCAUCACUGCUGUGUAUAUUUUCACAGAUCUUUGUCUUGUGCAGAUUUAUUUUGUCAAAACUGUUUUGAGAGUAGCAGUCUUCUUUGAGACAGGCUAGGAAAGGUGUAUCGCCCUUAACUCUUCUUUGCUCUGAGAUACGAUAUUUGGUUACGAUAACGGUUUUGUCGCCAAUAUUUGACAUAUUUUUUAUUCCUUAUCUGUUUGAGUUUGGAGACGUCUCGUAGCUUUUUGAAAAGUACAUUUUCUCUGAAUAUGUGAAUCUUUAUGUUAAUAAUUUUGUAGGAUGAAUUUCUAAAAAUAACUUGCAAUAGCAUAACAAUUCUACUACUACUACUACUACUACUACUACUACUACUACUAGUACUAGUACUAGUACUACUGUUUAUUACUCAUUACAUACUUUGUAUGUUUACUUAUUUGGAAUGUUCACUUUUCUUAGAUAAAUAGUACCAUGUAUCUUUUAUUUUCACGUGCAUUUAUAUCACUUUAUGUAUUUGUAUUUGUGAACCGAUUACAGCUACGACUAUAUAAACAGGUUGAUUAAUUGAUUGAUUUAAAUAUGUAUUCCUCCGGUUUAUCUGGGUGUAAUAGUGUUGUUCUGUCAAUCGAUUAAUUUCUGAUGAAGUAGUCUGUCGGGAAUUUUGUUUGUUUCAGUCAAUAUUCAACAAGAGAAGGACUAUAAAUAGAAACAAAGCUUGUACACGAUCAGGCACGGCGGAAGCAAGUUUGACAUGGGAGGGGGA